CAGCGCUGUGUCAUCGCGAGACUUCACCGCAGUCCCCUGCCUGACUCCAGCUGGUCGCGCUGCUUCCUGCCGCGGACGGUUCUGUUGCAGUUGGGUUGAGAGCCGCCAGUCGUCAUGGGGAACAUCUUCGGGAACCUGCUGAAGAGCCUGAUAGGCAAGAAGGAGAUGAGGAUUCUCAUGGUGGGGCUGGACGCCGCCGGGAAAACCACCAUCCUCUACAAGCUGAAGCUCGGGGAGAUCGUCACCACCAUCCCCACUAUCGGUUUCAAUGUAGAGACGGUGGAGUACAAGAACAUUAGCUUCACCGUGUGGGAUGUUGGUGGCCAGGACAAGAUCCGUCCCCUGUGGAGGCACUACUUUCAGAACACCCAGGGUUUGAUCUUUGUGGUGGACAGCAACGACCGUGAGCGGGUGAAUGAAGCUCGGGAGGAGCUGAUGCGGAUGCUGGCGGAGGACGAGCUGCGGGAUGCCGUUCUUCUCGUCUUUGCAAACAAACAGGACCUACCUAACGCCAUGAACGCUGCAGAGAUCACAGACAAGCUGGGCCUGCACUCCCUACGCCACCGCAACUGGUACAUUCAGGCCACCUGCGCCACCAGUGGUGACGGCCUCUACGAGGGCUUGGACUGGCUGGCCAAUCAGCUGAAGAACAAAAAGUGAAGGGUUCAAGUCAGUAAGAGUGGGGAAAGGGCCUGGGUGCCAACUCCAGGUAGUGGUUAUAGUGGAUCCAUUGUGUUUACAUGGAGAGGCAAUGCAGACAAGUUCCCAGGGGGUGACUCUCAAUGGCUUUCUCCCCCCAAAAUAAUUCGAUUUUAUUUCUUUGCUUUGAUUCAUUUCAUUUGUUUGGAUCUGCGGUGAGAUCUGCGGUGAGCGUUUUUAAUUAUUUAGAAACCAAUGGUGUGGAAGUUGACCUAAAUGACUUACACUCUAUAAGCUGAAUACAUGAAUAUCAGGAUGUUAUAGUAUAAUAUUACUGUGAAGGCGUAUAUGUAUUUCCCAUACUUUGCAGUCUAUGGCCUUUGAGCUUCUAUUAAUUUCAAUUUGUUCAGAAAAUGUGAUGAAUCUAGACUCAUGAUGGCAGAGCAACCUUCCCUCAAAUACUUGAUGUAAUCUAGGAUUGUCAUAAUUUCCUAAAUUUCUCUCGGGAUCAAUAAAGUAUCUAUAUCUAUCUAUCUAUUUAUCUAUCUAUACAAUAUAGUGGGAGUACCAUUAUUAUCUCAGACAUAUUAUCGGAGUCACAUUAUCAUUUUCCGUCCAAACAGAUCGCCCAUCACCGAAUUUAUAUUUUAAAUUUAAUUCCUCAAAACUAAAUCUGCUAACAUACUGGAUAGUCUUAAGCAAAUUUGUAUUUAUAUUUAUAUAUUUGUCAACUAUUUAUUUAUUCACACGUUUAUUUAUUGAAAUCCAUAAUUUGUUCUCUCCCUUUAUUGCAAUGUGCAUUUAAUGGUAAGGCAGCUGGUUAAAAAACAGAAAAGAAAAAGAAGCCUCCGUAUCCAAUGUAUAAUACUGCUUCCCAAUGUGCAUGGAGAUAUCCCAGUAUUGGCUCGUGGGCUUGUAAGAGCUGUGAACUGCUGCAGGCCGCUGCUGUAAAUAAAGAUUUGUUCUUAAAUCCAACUUGCUGGGCUCAGUGAGGGUUAAAACAGUUUGUCUGGCGUCAGCUAGGUGCGACAGCCGAGCUGAUACAGAUGACAGGACAGGCGCACUGUGCCAGCUCUGUGGCUUAGGGGGGAAAAUUGCUGCUAUUGGCCUGCAAGCAAUUGGCAGAGUGAUGCAGCAGAGCAUGUGAUUGGCAAUAUUAGAGAGCUUACAUGGUUUUCGAAUGUGUCUUUUUUUAAAAGUCGGUUUGUGCAAGCAGCGACACUAUAUCUGUCAGAAGAAGUCACAUUGCUUGUCACCCUGAGUUAUUCAUCUCUAAUUGGCGUGACAUCAUACGUGUUUCUUGUGUUGAACUGUGGACCACGUUGCACAAAAUAACUCUGGAUGCAUUAUUGUUGUACAAAAUGUAACGUCUGAUUUAUUUAUUUUUAUUUUUCAUUUGUAUUUCUGGAUGGAGUAUUUAUUUAUUUAUUUGGGAUCAAAAGGCAAAGUGUUGACUUUAUUGUUGUUUUUAAUUAAUUUGCUAACUAGAUCACAGUCGUCUUUUUGAGUGUUCACAAAUCACAUCAUUUAACACUAAUAGGAGAGAGGGGUGAUAGUAAUAAUCCUGCAUCAUAAGGCAUGUUAAUACUGUACAAGAUCUGUAAUAAAAGUGAAUUAUAAUAGCCUGUUUCCUCAGACUAUAUUUGUUAGUCUAAAUUACUGCUGCUGGUUGGAACAACGCUGUACUGAUAAAUGUUAUGGAUUUCGUGUAAAGUUUACCAAACAACCUUCUAAUAUGCAAAAGCAUGCUUUUCUAUGUCAACGCAACUGUAUAUAUGUUUAUGUAACAAGAAAAGUAUAUCAUGGUAUUCGCGGUCAAAUUGAAAGUGCUGUUGAUACACCCUGUAGAUAUUGGGUUCAGUGUGUUGGCAGAUGUGUUUAAAUGACAGCAGCUUGUGUGUGUGACGUGCCCUCUAGUUGGUGUGUAAAUUGUUUUAUGUGGCCUUAUAUUGCCAGUGGUUCAUUUCUCUUUGAUAACAGGUUUGUAUGUAGGAAUGUCCAAACAUUCAAGUAUCUCACCUACACGAUCUGUAACACUCAUGCGCCCGCGGUACAGUUGUGGCUGAACGUCUAUUGGCAAAUUUUAACUUUAAGAAAAACCAGACUGCACAACAUUCCAGCUGAUAAUGUAUGUUCACAAAGGAACAAAACUGAAAAUGAAUUUCAAUCCACUCAGUGGAAUCUGAUCAAGUGGAGGAAAAUAUAAACAACACAAACUGGUGCAAAAGUGUUGAAUGAGUUGAUGAUUUCUGGCACUUCACCGAUCAGUCAAUAAAAAGACCAAAAUACAAA